AUGAAUGUGACGGAAACUUUCGAAUAUUCGGAGAACUUGAAUGUGCUCAAAAACGGCCUUCUUCUAAUAUUUUUGGUCAUUUUUCUGAUCAUUGUUAUUUGUUUUCUAACGAUUUUUCCAUUUUACGUGUACGUGAAUAAGAAGAAUCAAAAUAGUGAUAAAACGGCUCUUCUUUUUCCAAUGACCAAUCACUUUUAUGAAAUGAUAAGGAAAACAUAUUUCAUAUUUGUAUAUUUUUUUGGUGCAUUGAUUUCUAUGCCUAUGCUCGAGGGCUCGAACUAUGCCACAGGCAGUUUGAUUUUUCUUAUUGGUUCGUAUUUCGCCCUUUACAUUAUUGUUCAAGUAUUUCAUUUAUUGAUUUUUUUACUCGCUUUACAAAGAUUUCUGCUAUAUUACUAUCCAUCAACGGGGAAACAUGUCAAAUCUGUACAAAUGAUAAUUUUCAAGAAAAUCAAAUACAUUUAUGCAGUUUUCGCAAUGAAAGAAGUUAUAUGUCUAUGCAUUUUUGUAGUAUGCAAUUCAAUUGGAUGUUCUGGUAGAAAAAAAUUACUCGCUGAAAUGGUUUAUUUUUCAACGUUUAGUGUGCUUAAUUUAUUAAUACUAAUAGCUUCUUUUCUUUAUUUACCAAUUACUAUAAGUAUACAUAAGUUAUCCCGGUUAUCGACUAAUCAAGAGAGAAAUAAACCGCAAAAAUAUAUUUUAUGGCAAACAAUAUUCAUUUUUCUGUCGAAAGCUGUGUUCAUUCCUGCUUUCAUUGUAUUAGCUUUGCCUAGUACUGAUUUUGUCAAUAGUUUGGUUUUGAUGGUUGUAACAGAUGUAUUAGUUGUACCAUUAAUAAUUCAAAUAUCAUAUUUAUGUUGCAACAAACGCAAUUUAACAGUUUUGUUGUCAUCUUUCAAAUGUUUCAAUAUAUUGAAUGAGAUCAAGAAAAGGAGAACCGUAUCUACUGUUCAACCAAAUUAAAUUCCAUUAUUGACACGAUGAUUAGUAUUUACUGAAAUGCCGUACGUGAUUUCAAAUUUUCUCAUUGAAACUGCAAUUUUUUUAAUCACUAAAGGUGAUAAAAAAAGUUGCCAAAUCGUAUUUUUAUUGGUAUUGCAAACUUUUUACAACCAUGUUAAUUUAAUUUGAUGUAUAUACAUAAGUAGUUGAAGUUAUCAUGUGAGA